AUGGCACAAGCAACACAAAAUACCAUUACAAAGUUCGAGAUAGUCGGGAACCCAGGCAGCUUGUAUCCUUUAGUCAUCUUCUUCCACGGCUCAGGCGACUCCUGCAAAUCUUGGGGGUCUUUAGCAGAACUGCUUCGACCCGCGUACCAGCUUCUGCUCUGGGAUAGGCAAGAUCCAUAUGUUAGAACCGAUACAGCUAUCUCAGAACUAUUGGAAUUUCUAGACAGCAGGAAGUGGCCCAAGAAAUAUGUCUUGAUCGCCCAUUCAUACGGCGGCACCUUCGCAAGGCUGUUCCUCGAAGCGAGGCCGCACCAAGUCGCAGGAAUAGUUCUCGCCGAAACAGGUGCAGAGCCAACGAUAGACCCCCAACUCGAACAACGACAAUACAACAAGAAGAUCUUGGGAAACAAACCACUCGUCGUUAUUCGAGGAAACACUCUGAAAUGGAAACAGCUACAAUAUGAUCAAGCCAUCGCUGCAGAGCAGAACCUCGCCAGCCCAACCCUCCUGAUGCAGAAAAAGCUUUUAGACGCGACGGAUAAGGAAGAUGAGAGGUUGAAAAAGGCACAGCUGCAACUUUCAAGGAAUAAUCGAUAUAUCCAUAUCCCGGAUGUCAGUCAUGAUGUAAUUAUUGAGAAACCGGAAGCUGUGAGGGAGGCUGUUUGUUGGGUGAUGGAGCAUUUGCAGGCUGCUCAAGAUGAGGUGCGGGAGGAAGAGAUACAAGUGCAGGCGAGAGAAGAGGGCGAGACUGUGGUUAAAAAGACCUUUGGGGACAGGUUGAGAGGAGCGAAGAAGAUCUCUCUGAGAGGAAGUUUGUUCAAGCUGUUUAGGAAGUCAGAUAGUUAA